CGUUGAACUGCCCGAACAAGUGGCGAUACAUAUCUAUACCCAUCACGUAUCGUAAUUAUACUUCGCAAUCGAUGAGCUAUGUACUACACGCUGGCGCUAUCCGAGUCAUAUGUUGAGCAGUAAAUAAAUGAAAAUCGUUUACACCCUCAGGGCAUGCUUCACCAGAGUAAGAUGACCAAUCGCACAGCAUUCACAGCCUCCGACAUCGUCGCAGAGAUAUGGACACACCUCGACCUCCCGCCCUCAGCACUCCCAUCACUUCAUCUCCCGGGAGCAACAGAGAAACCCGUCGUACGCUCAUCCUUUAAGAUCGGCCUUCUCGCGCAAAGCACUAUCGCGCUAUCGGCGUUAAGCGCCGCCGUAGCGCAUUCUAUAUUAUGCGUUCGCCUCGACUCCGACCCGGAGCAGAAGGAAGAAGACAAAGACCAGAAGGAGGUGAAGGGGGUAAAUACUCCACGCACCACAGUCCCCCUGCGCCACGCCGUCCUCGAAUUCCAGUGCGAAAAGCUAUACACGCUCUCCGGCGCGCCGCCGGCCGAGUCAUGGGGUCCAAUAGGCGGUUUGCACCCCACGGUCGACGGCCACGUGCGCAUCCACGAUAACUUCCCGCAUCAUCGGGCUGGCGCGCUCGCGCUUCUGGGGUUAGACGAGACGUGUCGCGACCGCGCGGCCGUGGCGGAGCGCACGCGGGGCUGGAAAAGUGCCGAUUUGGAACGCGUUGGUGUCGAGGAGACGGGGCUGGCGAUAUAUGCGCUUAGGAACUACGGGGAAUGGGAUGCGCUGCCGCAGGCUGGUGCCGUCGGGGAUUUCCCUGUGAGUGUGAGGAGAGUCGGGACUUCCUUGUCUUCAUCGGGGUAUGGGUAUCGCAGAUGUGGAUUGAACGCGUCGAGCCCGAAAUGUCUUUCUGGUCUCCGCGUUCUCGAGUUCAGCCGUGUCAUUGCUGCCCCGGUAGCGGGGAAGACGCUCGCGGCGCACGGCGCGGAUGUCCUCUGGGUUACGUGUCCGCGGCUCCCGGAUAUACCUGGCCUAGACCGCGAGUUUUCGCGCGGGAAGAAGAGCGUGUGUCUUGAUCUAGAUGUGUCUGAGGACAAAGAGAAGGUCCUGCGACUUGUGCGAGACGCAGAUGUUGUGAUUCAGGGGUAUCGGCCUGGGAGUCUUGCGGCGCGCGGGCUAGAUGUCCAGGACCUAGCGAAGAUUAACCCGGGAAUCAUCGUAGCGAAUCUCUCUGCUUUUGGACCCGAUGGGGAGUGGAAAGAUAGACGGGGCUAUGAUUCCCUUGUGCAGACUGCUUCAGGCAUGAAUGUUUCCGAAGCUGAACAUUACGGUCAGGGAGAAGUUGCUAAAGCCCUGCCGUGUCAAGCGCUGGAUCAUAGCGCGGGCUUCUUGCUUGCUGCGGGCGUGUGCGCAGCUUUGUAUCAUCGUGAAAAGGACCGUAGAGAAGGAAGGCGUGUUGGUGCCUAUGUCGUUGAUGUUUCGCUCGCCGGCGUGAUGAAGUAUUUGAAAAGCCUUGGACAAUAUGAGGGACGGUCUGGAUUCGAAGGGGAAGAUUUGAUGGUUUUGGGGGCACCUGGGGAGAGGAAUAAGGAAGAGGAAGCGUUUUUUGAGACGCGGCCGACGGUGUUUGGCGAGAUGACAUUCUUGAGGCAUAGUGCUAGUGUUGAGGGUUUCGAGACUGGCUGGGAUACUAUGCCGAUGUCUUUGGGGUCGGGAGAAGCUUCUUGGUCUGGAUUGUGAGUCUCGUUUCAUGAAUCAAUUUCUCUAGGUCCCGUCAAUCGAUGCACCCACAGCCACUCAGUUACCCGCGUGUCAAAAUGGUCAUCAUCAAAUAGUGGUUCCAAUUCCGAUUUCGUCAUUUUUGGGGGAGUAUCUAGCAACAAAUCCACAAUGCAAGUUUUGAAGAAACGAAUAGCCUACAACCUUAAUCUAUACAGAUGUAUUGAUUGGUCAGUUUCUGGCCACGGGGCCUAUUUAUCUAUCUGUAUGUGUCUUAGGAAAAAUGUAAGAUGUUAGGAUGUCUCCCGUGAUCUAUACAGUGGCCUACCGAGUGAGCCUCACCUUGCG